AUGAAUCAAGUGUUGUUAAUAUCGUUGCUGGUGUCGGUUUUCGUCUCUCAAGGGAAAUCGGUGCAGUUGGAUGCGUACAAUUCCGAUCGAGGUCCGAGAAACGACAGCAAGCAACAACAGGCCAGCGUCCCCAAAGAUGAAUCGGUUAUCGUGCAAUCGGCCACUGUUCCUCAGAAAGAUCCGCUUCAAUCAUCCGAGACCGUGGAAGAAGAAGAGCCCGAAGGCCCACCUGACCACGUCAUACCUUACUCGGACCACGAAGAAUCUAGAAACGUUCCAACGAAACCUAAAUACAUUGCUCCAGGUGAUUGGGCCAAGGUGCCCAAGGAUAAAAAGAUCGACCUAGAAUUUGUACCUAGAAAAGUGUACGCCCAGGUGAGGAAGAUCGACACGUAUAGGAAAUUGCCGCGAAAGAAGGCGAUAGAGAAUGCAGAAUCAGAUGAGGAGAAGGCAAACGCGGCAAGAUUGAGGGAAGUGGUGAGAAAUACAAAAGUGAACACGGUGUAUACCGAGGAAGGGUAUGAGGACUCCGCUUACGAUCAUGCUGGACACGUCAGAGAUGCUGAUUUUAAAGAAGGAUACGACAGAAAGCUUCACGAUCAAUUGGAUGUUAGGAGGAAGUCUGAGAACGAUGACGAUGAUGAUGAUGAUGACAAGGAUGAUGAUGAGUCGGAAAGUAAAAAAAGUACGAAGAAAAGUGGAAAACAUGAAAAGGUUCGAUCUGAAGAGAUCGAGGAACAGGAUAACAGUGAUCGUUACGAGACGAGCACGAAGAUAGACGAUAAUGGUUUCGUGGAUCCAAAGUUUGUCGCUGAGAAAGGAACAGAAAAAUUGCAGAAGGAUAUAGAAAGAGAAGCUGAAGAGUUGGAGAAAGGAAUUGAGAUAAGUAAAUUGGGGAAAGUAAGGGUAAAGAGUGGUAGAGAAGUGUUGGCCGAAUCCAGGAAACGUGAUGAUUAUAAGAGAAAAAAUAAUAGGAGGAGGAAGAUGAACGAGGAGGAUGAUGCCACGGAUCGUGGAUUAGAAGUUACAACUUUGAGAAAAAGUUUGGAAAAUUGGACUGAAGAGUCUUUGGAACCGUACAGGUACGAGGUUGAGGGAAAUUCUUCGUCUGAUGUUGAUUCGAUCAAUUUGAAAGGUAUUGGGGAGGAUCCAACGACUAUCAGCUACAGUCAACUCUUCUGGAAUUAUUUUAAAACGAAAAUGGAAAAUCAAGUAACUACGACAGAACUUCCAUUGAUUCUAGAAUCAACAACUUUGAGCCCAAAUAAUUUAAAAGCUUCGUUAGGGGUGGGAAAUAUUUUAUCAUAUUCCGUUUAUCAAGGAAUCACGACGUCUCCUCCAACGAUCGAAUCUGGAAUUUUUAAUCCACCACCAAUUGUCCAAGAUCAAACGAGAUCUCAGAUCGAUUCAGAAUAUUCCAAAAUUAAUGGACAAGAUAAUCGAUUGUUACCUUUAGGUGAUGCAAAUACGAACAAAUUUUGGCAAUCGAUUAAUUCCAACGAAGGAUUCACGACGCAAGCUUCUUUUAUUUUAGGUCAGGAAGGAACUUUAUUCUCGAAUACUCAAAGGAAUCUGGACGAUACCGAACAAGUUAACAAGAACGAUUUCCACGAUUCUCCCUUCAACCCAGCAUUAAAUUCUUUCAAUUUCAAUCGCAAGCCACGUUACAAGAUCACAAUCAGGCACAAGCCAAAAGAAUCAAAUUUCGAAUCUUCGAAAAAGCAGAAAUCACCAAACACUGUAGACGAGCGAGUGAUCGAUCCCGCGACGCCAAAAAUUGCCUCAAUGAACGAAAAUUACAUAAAAGUUCUGAUGCACGUGAGAAACGAAGAUAAACUGAAGAACCAGCAGCGAAGCAAACCUCUCUUUCCAUCGAACGACAAGAUAAAAGAAUUAAGGGAAAUGAGACCUCCUCUUCCCCCCCAAAAAAUACCCCCAAAAAAUCGUUACCACAACUUCGACCCGGGAAAUCGACACUAG